GUUGUGACUUAUAGUACUUUUUACGUAGUUUCCAAAUAUGUAAAUUUUAUUUUAAAAAAAACUUGAAGAUUUCAUGCCCGAAUUUACGAUCAAAAUUAAACUUCUUGACUCUCGAAAUCCGGACCGUCCCACAUAAAUUGGGAUAGAAAGAGUAAUUCUGAAUAUUUAAAAAGAAUUUGAGAAAAUUGUAAAAAAAAAAAAAAAAAGUAUUUGUGACUCCCCCCGUAAUAACACGUUUGCAUAAAAUGGGAGGGAGGGAGUAUCCGAAUUCGAGUAUUAAAAGGCUCAACUGCCAAAACGAACAUAGUUAUGAUCCUCAUUAAUCCUCAUCACACAAACAUAAAACAUUCCCUCCAAUGAAUUCAUACGCUUACUUAUACACAAAAAAAGAAAAAAGUGAACGUUUAUAACUAACAAUAUAUAGAUGUGAUUGGAAUGUGAAUCCCUGAUUGAUAAAAAUUGAACAAUAAUAAUGGGGACUUUAGGUGCAAUUCUAAGGCAUCCAGAGGAUAUAUAUCCAUUGAUGAAGCUGAAGGUAGCGGCACGAUAUGCCGAAAAACAGAUCCCUUCACAGCCACAUUGGGCUUUUUGUUACAUCAUGCUUCACAAGGUCUCUCGUAGUUUUUCUCUUGUCAUUCAACAGCUUCCUGUUGAGCUUCGCGACGCCGUAUGCAUUUUUUAUUUGGUUCUUCGAGCACUAGACACCGUUGAGGACGAUACAAGUGUAGCCACAGACGUAAAAGUACCUAUUUUGAUGUCCUUCCAUCGCCAUGUUUAUGACCGUGAAUGGCAUUUUUCAUGCGGUACAAAGGACUACAAGGUUCUUAUGGAUCAGUUCCAUCAUGUUUCAACUGCUUUUUUGGAGCUAGGGAAAUAUUACAAGGAGGCAAUUGAGGACAUUACCAUGAGGAUGGGUGCAGGAAUGGCAAAGUUUAUAUACAAGGAGGUGGAAACAAUUGAUGAUUAUGAUGAAUAUUGUCACUAUGUAGCUGGGCUCGUUGGAUUAGGCUUAUCAAGACUUUUCUUUGUCUCUGGGAAAGAAGAUUCGGCUUCAGAUUCUCUCUGCAACUCCAUGGGUUUAUUUCUUCAGAAAACAAAUAUCAUUAGAGAUUAUCUGGAAGACAUAAAUGAAGUACCUAAGUGUCGCAUGUUUUGGCCUCGUCAGAUUUGGAAUAAAUACGUUAACAAGCUCGAGGACUUGAAGUAUGAGGAAAACUCUGUCAAGGCAGUGCAAUGUCUGAAUGAAAUGGUCACUAAUGCUUUGGCACAUGUAGAAGAUUGUUUGACUUACAUGUCCACACUGCGGGAUCCUGCUCUCUUUCGAUUUUGUGCUAUUCCACAGGUCAUGGCAAUUGGGACACUGGCAAAGUGCUACAACAACAUUGAAGUCUUCAGAGGAGUAGUAAAAAUGAGACGUGGUCUCACUGCUAAAGUUAUUGACCGGACCAGGACCAUGGCAGAUGUGUAUGGUGCUUUCUUCGACUUCUCUUGUAUUCUGAAAUCCAAGGUGGAGUAUAAAGAUCCAAAUGCAGCGAAAACUUUACAGAGGCUUGAAGUAAUCUUGAGAACUUGCAAAGACUCGGGAACCUUGAACAAAAGGAAAUCUUAUGUAAUCCAGAGCAGACCUAAUUACAAUUCAACUGUGGUUGUUGUCCUUGUUGUCAUAGUGGCUAUCCUUCUUGCAUACCUAUCUGGAAACCGGCCUUAGACCAUGUGAGUGACUUUAGAAGAAAGAUUGGUCAAAAAAAGAUGGAGCAAGCUCUUGGCUGAGUAUGUAAUAGCUGCGGAUUUUGGGGUCUGUAACUAUGUUAGUGAUAGUAACAUUUUGGGGGAAAAAAAAACUAUUUUUAGUUGUUUUGAGUCUUGUGGCAUCCUUUGUUUUGCAAGCUGCAAAAGUAAAUAGUACUGUAAAGCCACCUUAUACGCAAUACAUAUUUCAAUAGUCUGUUCACUUAGUGGUAAAUCCACGUAUUUUAACACCACACGUUGUGUGCAUUCUCCAAAACCUUAAGAUUUUUGUCAGUGGCGGAAACAAGUUGUGAAUUGCUCAUUUACUGUAAAGAUAAAAUGAUGACUUCCUCUUCAGGUAUGAACGAAAAUGAAAAUGGUCACAAGUCCAGUUUUUCCCUUUCAUAUCCCAAAUUCGGAAUGGAUUUCAUAUUGGAUAGUGCAAGCUUUCACGAGCACAUAAGAUUGGCCUCAUACGUAAGGUGUUGUAAAUGUCUAUUGGUAUAGAGGAAUAUCGUGCCAUAAGCUUCUACCGUAUUUUGCACCAAGUCUAUGUAAAUUCUAAGAGAUUGUAGAUCUUUCGAGACAAUUUCCUUCCAUGUAAUUUUAAGUCUUCUUCAUUCCCUUUAAAUACCUUUAUUCACCAUACUUCAUACAAUGACCAACCAUCUCAAGCGAUCAUUCAUAUUAUUCUCUUUGUGUUCCACUUGCACAUGUAGCUGAAUGUAGUCGUUUUUUAAUCUUGUCUAAUUUUGUAUGACCGUACAUGCGUCUUAGUAUUUGCAUCAUGUGACACUCAUCUCGUGAAUAUAUAUGUUGAAAUUUAGAGACUCAACAUCCUCUCCAUAUAAUAUUGUUGUUCUAUUUUAGAGUGGCAAAUAGAUUUAGCUACCUUGGUUCGAGCCCUCCGCGUGAAAAAAUCCUUGUAGAGAGCACUCCCCCUCCUCCUCGAAUGGGCUCUACGCGGCGCGAAUCCGGAUAUAGUCAGGCUCCAAUGCAAGGUACCGGAUACCGGGUGGGAAACCAAAACAAAAAAACAAAAAACAAAAAAAGAUUUCGCUACCAUAGAAAACCCACAAUAUAUCUGCCUAACUCAUUAAUUCAAUAUGGUAUUCGUUUUCUGCCGAUUAUUUUCUGAUGGCCCACCGUGAACUGUAGCUUCAUGAGGCUGCCUACUCUGCUUAUAGAUUUCUUUAAAUGACCAACUUUUCCAAUUCUCUUUUUUCCACUGCUUGAUAUUUAU